AUGGCAUUGAAAGCAAAGGAAGAAAGCCCUGGCCCUCCCAAAACUGAAGCCCAAGUAAAGGUGUUGAAGGACAAGAAGUCAGUGUUGAAAGGCAUCCACCAGCACACAAAAAAGAUCUACACAUCACCCACGUUCCGGGGGUCCAAGAAACUGAGGCUCCGACAGCAGCAAAAAUAUUGUCAAAAGAAUGUACUCCAGAGAAACAAGCUUGACCACUAUGCCAUCAUCAAGUUCCCUCUCACUACUGAGUCAGCCAUAAAGAACAUUGAAGAUAAUAACACACUUCUGUUUUUUGUGGAUGUCAAGGACAACAAGCACCAGAUAAAACAGGCUGUGAAGAAGCUCUAUGGCAUUGACAUAGCCAAGGUCAACAUCUUGAUCAGACCUGAUGGGGAGAAGAAGGAAUAUGUCCAACUGGCCCUUGACUACAAUGCGUUGUAUGUUGCCAACAAAAUUGGAAUCAUCUAA